AUGGACCCUGCUGCCGUCUUCCAUCAAUCUCUGGGCUCAGUACUCCCGCCCCAGCACUUCUUCCCGGGCCGAGUCCCCGUGCCCUCGCCGUAUUCGUGGGACAGUCCGGAGCAGGGCACGCAGGACGCACCACACCGCGUCGCCCAUACUCUAACAGCAUGCCAUAGAUGCCGCAAGAGGAAGACGAGAUGCGACCCCGCCCUGCCACGAUGCCUCCCCUGCGAACGGGCAGGGUCGACGUGCGAGUACUACGACAUCACCAAGGGCAUUAAAAUCAACCGCUCCCAUGUCGUCAACCUCCAAAAGCGAGUGCGCCAACUCGAGGCCGAGCUUGCCCAAUACACGGAUCAGGAGAACGAUGAAUCACACAACUAUGACGACAUGGUCUUCCCAGGUGGUAUUGUCCGCCUUAAUGAGACGGACGAAACCCCGCGCUAUCUCGGGCCGAGCAGCGGCACAGCCAUGACCCGCCUGUUGAUGGAGGAGGCAAAGAGAUAUGCCGAGUCGCGAAGGAUAGCCAACCUGAUUCCCGCGGUGCUUGCGAGACGGGCCGAACAAAGAGACCGCAUGCAGAGCGUCGUCAUGGGGACCAGCAUCAGCGGUCCUUCUGACAGAACGAAGAGCUAUCCUGCUCAUAGCAUCAUCCCCGCCUCCGGCUUGCCAAGCAGAGAGAUCGUCGAGGGCCUAGUUCGGGCUUUCAAUGACAGAAUCCAAGUAUUCACGCCUAUUCUUCACGAGAAGGUGUUUGAGGAAGACGUGAAUGCUGUGUUUGCCGGCGAUGCAGACCCGUACAAGCACUUUGUCGUGAACAUGGUGGUAGCUAUCAGUUUGCAAAAAGUGGGCAAGUACGCCGGCCUUCCUGAUAGCUACUAUCUCAACGCAAUGCGCCGCUUUGAGGACGUCGUCCGUCCCCAGGAUUUGAAGACGCUCCAGUGUCUGGUUCUCAUCGGGCAAUAUUCUCUCAUGACGCCAACUAGGACCGCCACAUAUUAUGUGACUGGGCUCGCAACCAGAAUAUGCCAACAGAUUGGUCUCGGUGACGAGGGCACCAUUGGCGUGGGCGUGUCAGAUCAACGAACCCUAGACAUGAGACGGAGAGUGAGCUGGACCGUCACCGCACAAGAGUUGGGGUUGGCCAACGUUAUGGGUAGGCCUAACGGCUUCGCCAAGGCUGAUGAUUUUAUGAACGUCAAGUUCUUCGAGCCGAUUGUGGACGAGGACAUCACCCCAGAAGGAAUCCGCUCCGGCAGACCUUGCGAAAGGAAGGUGAUAGCCAUCCACUUUUACAAAAUGAGGCUUCUCCAGGCGGAGAUUCGCCGUGUGCUUUACGAGAAGAAACGUCCCCAACCUUCUCAGGAGGUCCAACCUUGGUUCGUGCAAAUCGAGCAACGGCUCAAAGAGUGGCUCGAUGCCUGCCCCGCGAAUCCGGCUUGGUGUAAGCCUUGCAUGAUCAUAUCUCUCUACCGGCCUUCUCCACAAGUGCCUAAGCCGAGCGCCAACGCAGCCGCGAGAUGUUUUGAGGGUGCACGCUCCAUCAUCAAGUUGACAUAUUGCCAAAUCGAAGAAGGCACAGUAGAUAUCUCUUGGGAGUCUUUGCUGACCGUCUACGCCUCAUUGAAUGCGCUUCUUUGGUCCAUCUCAUACCUCGAUGUACGCGAACAGCACAGCCGGGAGGAUGUCCAGGACCUUGCGGCGACCGCUUUGGAGGCAAUCAAAAUCUUCUCUGACCGAUGGCCCGGGUCUUCGUCCGCAGUCCAGCUAUACACUGUGAUCGCCGAUGCUUGCCUCCAAAGCUACGACGUAGGUGAAGAGACCCCUUCGCCACCGCCGGGCAGUCAGCUCGGAACGCCAGUCUCUAUGGCCGGUCCUAAGUCUCCCGAGUCGGAUACCUCCAGGGACACCCCGACUCGCCAAACACAACCGCAAUCAGCCACAUCGCUCUUCAACACCUCAUCCCCGUUCGGAUACGUGUUCGAUGCCGCCAAUAACCCGCUGGGUACGCAAUAUGGUUUUGAGAGCAAGUCAUCUCCCUUCCAGCACCAACCCAACCAGCCCAGCUUCCGUUCCAAUUCGAUUUUCAUGAGCCCAUCAACGGACUCGAACGGUCGCAGGUUAUCGAACCUCGCGCCCGAUUCAAACGAAGCUUCUGCGCCUAGCCGCAUGGGAACCACGCCACCGCCGCUUUUAGCAAUACCCAAGCCAGAGCCUGUGCCAUCCGUUAGCACGCCCUCGAUUACCUCGCUACCUUCACCCCCCGAGUCCCUGCCCCCCACGUCUGCCCAACCAGGCAUACAUCCCUCCCCGAGGUUGGCAAGAGAAACAACCCCCAUGCAGACGCCAACUCUUCAUACCACCACUCCAGUUCCGAUGCCUCACCAUCCCCCGGCACCAAUAAUCCACGUGAAACAGGAGUCUGUGGAAUUGUUCCAUCCAGGCCAGUUCCAGCAGCACCAACCACAAGGACAUCAACAACACCAACAACAACGACCACACCCGCUCAUGUCUGCAAAUGCCGGCCCACGCCGGCCGCCACCCCCGUUCGUCACUCCACCGUCACAACCACAACACCUUCCACAACAACAACAACCUCAACAACAUCAUCAGCAACCUCAACAACGGCCGCCACCGUCCCACGCACCGGCAGACUGGUACAACCCUCUCCCCCAGUUCAUCCCACCCCACAUGUUUGCGAGCGGCACGGGCGGGAACCCCUCCCUGUGGAACGGCACCGCCAAUCCGUUCACGAGCAAUUUCGGACCGAACGUGAUGGAAGUGCCCUACGGGGGUCCGCGCCACGGGGUGCCCAACAACGACAGCUUGCAACACACGACAAACUGGAACAUGGGCGGUUUCGGAGCCGGACCGCAGCAGGACGGAGGCGGCAGCAUGUUUGCUCCCGGACCGGGUCUCGCCCCAGGGCCCGGGCCUAGUAGUCACGGCGCUGGCAUGGCGGACGAGUAUUACGACUCGUUUAUGAAUGGUCGCCAUGGGAGCCUGAGUCAUGAGCAGCAGUUGGAGCUGAUGGAUGUGUUGGAGACGGAGGGGAUGAGUGAUAUUGACAGUUUCUUGAACUUGGGAAUGGGGGGCCAGGGUGGGGUGCAUUGGGGUUGA